AUGUUCCCCUCGGCUCCAAAACCCCUUCCACCUGUCUUCACCCUCGCUGAAUCCGGCUCGUGUAUCCACCUGGGCCAUUUUGGGCUCGGUGGAGGCCUGCUGGGCGAUGGCCAAUAUAUGGGCCAGACGGUCAUGAGGCCGCAGGCUGCGUAUGCGAGUCCGGUACAGCGCAUGCUGCGAAGCAACCUGAGCCAGCGGAGGGCACAGCGGCAGCAACCACGUCAAGCACACAGACCGCGAGCGGAUGGGGAGAAGAAGACGGAGGAGCAGAUACAGGAGAAGGGGGAAGGGCGGCGGGAGAGGGAUGGCGACAUGCAGCAGAAGCAGCAACACAGCGGCUUGCGCAAAUCCUCUGCCUUCCUCAACCCUGCACCUCCUUCCUGCCCUCCUUCAUCCUCUGUCGAUAACCCGCCCUCAACCGCACUCCCCACCGCGGCAAUUGCUCACGAGGGCCUCGGCCACGGCAUAGAUGACAUACUGACACGCCUCUCUUCGCCUCACAGAAAUGCGCGAACACGCGCGCCCUUCAAGCCGCAGAAGUCGAACAGGGGCACCAGCAGCUGGCAGCUGAAGCAGUUCGCGGAGGCGACGCUGGGGAGUGGGAGUCUGCGGAAGGCGGUCUUGUUGCCGGAGGGAGAGGACCUGGGGGAGUGGUUGGCUGUCAAUGUCGUCGACUUUUACAACCAGAUCAACCUCCUCUAUGGCUCAAUCACGGAGUUUUGCUCGCCGCAGAGCUGUCCGGAGAUGAAAGCGACGGAUGAGUUCGAGUACCUAUGGCAAGACAACGAAAACUUCAAGCGCCCAACCAAGAUGCCCGCGCCCCAGUAUAUUGAGCACCUCAUGGCAUGGGUCCAGAGCAACAUCGACAACGAGCAGAUGUUUCCUAGCCGCAUAGGCGUCCCCUUCCCGAAAUCCUUCCCAACCCUCCUCCGCCAGAUCUUCAAGCGCCUCUACCGCGUCUACGCCCACAUCUACUGCCACCACUACCCGGUCGUCGUCGCGCUGGGCCUGGAACCGCACCUGAAUACUAGCUUCAAGCACUAUGUGCUGUUUGUUGAUGAGCAUGGAUUGGCGACAGGGAAGGACUUUUGGGGACCGUUGGGGGAUUUGGUGGAGAGUAUGGUGAGGGGGGAUUAA